AUGGGGAAUGGGGAGAGCACUCCGACUGUGGAGUAUGCCAACAAAUACAGGGACGUCACAGAGAAAAAGGUCAAAGAGGCCGCGGAGGAGAAGAGACGAGAAUACGAGGAGCAGGAGAGCGAAGAAGACGCGCGGCUCAGACAGCUGCAAGAGGAAGCCCGCACCAGGAGGGUGAAGCUACUUGAUUAUAGCUUUGGGGAUGUCCACGGGCCACGCUACUUCGCCAAAGUUGACAUCAGUGACAUGAAAGAGGGAGGUCUAAGGAUCGGGUUGUUCGGACCAUCUGGAUCAGGAAAAAGCAGCUUCAUCAACACGUGCGAGAUGGCUCUGAAGCCAGGCCUUCGGAAAGGAACUGCAGAUAUUCAAUCUGGCGGUGGGGAGGGUACCAUCACCAUUCAAAAGUUCCUGGACGACCUUGAUAAUGACUUCCAUCUUGUCGACACUCGAGGAUUCUUCAAACAUGACGCUGAGGAGUUUGCAGCGCUAACCAACAUCGUCUUUGGACGGAUCAAACCUGACCAGAAAAUCAAAUUUGAAGUGAAUGCAGACAACGCAGACUCGGAGGAGUAUUUCCGCAACUGGCUCCACGCUAUCAUCAUAGUUCUGUCGGCGGAUGACCCUCGUCUAAGAAAUGGCCACACUCACCUGGACAAUUUGAAUAUUGUGCGCGAGUUUAUGCGCCCUAGAGGAAUAGCACCGAUUACGGUAAUCACUCAUCGCGACAGAAUUGGUGAAAGUCAGGAAGAGCUGGAGGAUGUCUUGGCCAAGGCAUCCGCGGCAACCGGCAGCGCCCGAGACCACACUUUCUUUGUUACCAACUACCACGUAGACAAGAAGGAAAGGGAUUACAACACUGACAUCGAAGCCAUGAAAGUCAUGAGGUCGGCACUAAUGGUUGCGGAGAGAUACGUGAAGAUCCACAAGCAACAAGAGCAGUACAAGAGGGAGAGCGGAGUGACGGGAAAUCAGGCAGGACCCCAAGAAACUGUGGAAGACUUUUUUCGUCGCCUGUCUUCGAAGAAACACAUCCCGUUUGACCGAUUACAACCCAUCAUUGACAACCUGAAGAAAGAAGACAUCACCACGUCCAAGUCCCUGAGUGACAACUGGUCAGACGUCCAGGGAGAACUGCCAAUGAGCGAGCGGAUGAAAGGCUACAUCGACAAGGAACUAGCUGACACAUUCAAAGAACUGACUCUAUAA